UUCACUCGAUUAAAAACCAGAAUUUACAGAGUGGAAGACGUCGGGAAUUUAGACCUCUCAUUAAAAGUAAAAACAAAAAAACUGAGUAUAAUUUCACAAUCACCAACAUAAAAGAAAGGAAGACCCCAUAGAUAUGUAGAGGAUAGAUGUAAAUAAGGCUAUUCAUUUGGAUGAACGUAAUAAAGAAGGGCAUCAGAUCGAAGACAUCAGUUGAAUUCUAGUUGUUCAACGCAGCAGUCAAAAUGAAGUUGGUUAUUACUUUCGCCUUUCUUUUUCUAGCAGUAAAAGCAGCUCCGUUUUACAACGACGAUCAAGAAUUAGAUAACUUGGAAACGGAACUCAUAGUUGCGAGAAGAGAUGAAAAAGACCAUAGUUUAUCACAACAGUUAAAAGAAGCUUCAGAUACGCUAGUAAAAAUUUCCUCGAUCUUAAAUGAUCAAUUAAAAGAUGCAAAAAAGGAGAGCCAAAAGGGAAAAGGGGAAGGAAGACGUGGGGGAAAAACAAAAGGCGGACGUGGAGGAAAGAAAAAAGGCGGACAAGGUGGAAAAAAGAAAGGUGGACGUGGAGGAAAAGGCACAUGGUCAACUAAAGUGCCACCGCAAACACAAGAACCAAGAACACGUGAACCAAGAACACGUGAACCAAGAACACAAGAACCAAGAACACGUGAACCAAGAACACGUGAGCCAAGAACGCAAGAACCAAGAACACGUGAGCCAAGAACGCAAGAACCAAGAACACGUGAGCCAAGAACGCAAGAGCCAAGAACACAAGAGCCAAGAACACGUCAACCUAGAACACAAGAGCCAAGAACACAAGAACCAAGAACACGUGAACCAAGAACGGAAGAGCCUAGAACACAAGAGCCCAGAACACGUGAACCAAGAACACAAGAACCAGGAACACAAGAGCCAAGAACACGUGAACCAAGAACACAAGAACCAGGAACACAAGAGCCAAGAACACAUGAACCAAGAACACAAGAACCAGGAACACAAGAGCCAACCGUGCCUACAAGAACUGAUAGCCCAAUGCCAGCAACGCCCCAAGACUCCUAUAGAAGUGAUAAAAUCGUGGCAAGAGAGUUAGACCACAUCAGAAAUGAACUUGCAUUAAUUGAAGGCAUGAUUCCAAAGAUCAAAAGAAAGGUGUUGUAAAUGGAAAUUGAAUGUUAAAAACGGAUCUAAAAGUAUAUGCACCUAAUUCCACUAUAAUAUAAUUUGCACUAUAGCUACAUUGUAGUUGAUAAAUAAAAAAUAACUCAAUUAAAUAAAGAAGUA